AGAAACUCGACUCACACAACGGAAAAAACGAUGAUGACCUGAAGUUGCCAGUUACGGGGAACGGUCUUGGGUGAGAUUAUAUAACUACAAUGGGAGUCCAAGAGUUCUUUCAUUUACCAGUUUUCCUCUUCAUGUUGGUAUUGUUUCAUUCAGUUGUUGCUCAGUACCACUGUGAUACAAGGGAAGUCUCCAUCUUUGGUAAGAUGCUUCAAAAACACAUUUUUAAAACAAUCACUGGAGCAGCACUCGGUGAUGUGUGUUUGCGGGAAUGUUAUCGUGACGUCAGAUGCCAAAGCUUUAACUAUGUGUUCACCCGAGAAAAGUGUGAAUUGAGUAACCGCACAAAGGAAGCCAGGCCUGAAGAUUUUGUACCCAACUCUGAGAGAUAUUACUUCAGACGAUAUAGGAAGAGAGCUAUUCUCGGUGCCAUUCCCGAACUGCCUGCAGACUCGUGCAAGGAAAUCAAGGCCAGUGAAGGUGGACAAGCGGUCAGCGGAAAGUACUGGCUGAAUUUCAUCAAACCUGACACUCCUGUGUUGGCUCAUUGUGACAUGAAAACCGAAGAUGCUGACGAAUGUAAUACCUCCGUUAGUGUUUGUGAUGUAAACGCUGACUGCAAAAACACUCUGGGAUCGUAUCGCUGCUCUUGCAGAGCCGGUUUUUCUGGAGAUGGACAUACCUGCAAAGAUAUUGAUGAAUGUGCCAGCGGUGUUCACAAUUGCCACAUUUCAGCUUCAUGUACAAACACUGUAGGAUCAUUCAAGUGCUCAUGUAACCAGCCCUACAUAGGGGAUGGAAGAUCUUGCAUUCCUCUCCCAUCAGAGUGUCAAAACUAUCAAAGUCUGACCGGGGGAGACAGAAAGAUAACCUAUGGCAAUCAAAACACGGUUUGUGACAGAGGUAUUCAUGGUCGGUAUCGUUUUGAAGGAGCAGCAGGUACAAGAAUGCCUACUUCAUGUCCACCAAAACACCGAUGCAACACUCACGCUUCCGGCUGGCUAAAUGGUACUCAUCCCACGGUGGCUGAUGGUCAGGUCACCAGGACAGUUUGCUUCCACUGGGGAUCAGACUGCUGCAACUGGUCAAAUUCCGUCAAAGUGACAAACUGCGGCGAUUACUAUGUUUACUACAUAACUGGCACACCCACAUGUUCCCUCCGCUACUGCAUUGCUAUGCCUGACCCAUGUCAAAACUAUCAAAGUCUGACUGGGUCAGACAGAAAGAUAACCUAUGGCAAUCAAAACACGGUUUGUGACAGGGGUAUUCAUGGUUGGUAUCGCUUUGAAGGAGCAGCAGGUACAAGAAUGCCUACUUCAUGUCCACCAAAACAGCGAUGUAACACUCACGCAUCCGGUUGGCUAAAUGGUGCUCAUCCCACAGUGGCUGAUGGUCAGGUCACCAGGACAGUUUGCUUCCACUGGGGGUCAAACUGCUGCAACUGGUCAAGAUCUGUCAACGUGAUAAACUGCGGCGAUUACUAUGUUUACUACAUAACUGGCACACCCGCAUGUUCCCUCCGCUACUGCAGCACAGACUAA